AUGGAAAAAAUUAAGGCCAUCGAAGAUGAGAUUGCGAGGACACAAAAAAAUAAAGCUACCAUGGGGCACUUAUGCCGUUUGAAAGCUCAGUUGGCUAAAUACAAACGGGAACUUCUACUCCCCCAAGCUGGAGGUGGUAGUGGUAAAGGAGAGGGAUUUGACGUUCCGAAGUCAGGGGAUAUUCGCAUCGGUUUAAUAGGAUUCCCUUCGGUUGGCAAAUCUACUCUUUUAACUAACCUUGCCGGAGUUCAUUCUGAAGCGGCUGCUUAUGAGUUUACAACUAUGACUUGUAUUCCUGGCAUACUUGAGUAUAAGGGAGCAAAAAUACAAAUAUUAGAUCUUCCGGGGAUUAUAGAAGGGGCCAAAGACGGAAAAGGAAGAGGAAGACAAGUUAUAACAGUCGCUAGGACUUGUAACUUGCUUUACAUUGUGUUGGACAUUAUGAAACCGAUUGACCAUAAGCGAAUAAUCGAGCGUGAAUUAGAGGGUUUCGGAAUAAGAAUUAAUAAAUCCCCACCAAAUAUUGUUUUUCAUAAAAGAAGUAAGGGAGGGAUCAACUUUUCCACCACGUGUCCAGAGCUAACUUAUCUGGAUGCGGACUCCGUUAAGGCUAUCCUGCAAGAAUACAAAAUCCAUAAUGCCGAAGUUUUGCUGAAGGAAAACGCCACUGCGGACGACUUCAUUGACGUUGUUGAAGGAAAUCGAGUUUACAUUCCUGCUAUCUACUGCUUUAAUAAAAUUGACCAAAUUUCUAUUGAGGAGCUGGAUAUUGUUGUGAAGAUCCCUCAUGUGGUUCCUAUUUCAGGACACCACCGCUGGAACUUCGACGAGCUGCUGGAGAAGUCCUGGGAAUACAUGAACUUGGUGAGAGUCUAUACAAAGCCGAAAGGUCAACUUGCAGACUUUGACGCCCCCGUCAUCUUGAAAAGCGAAAAGCGCACCAUUGAAAAUUUUUGCAAUAGCUUACAUCGUGACUUAAUCCACCAAUUUAAAUACGCUCUUGUCUGGGGUACCUCUUGUAAAUUCAGCCCACAACGAUGCGGCAAAGACCACGUGCUUGCGGAUGAAGAUAAAAAUAUAACCCACUUUCAACUGCGAUUUCUUCUGGGCCACUGGCGCAUUGGUGGGAGUCGAACCUACGGCCUCGAGUUUGCCCGUCAAUGCUCUUAACAGCUGAGCUACGACGACAGCUCUCGAGCCAGGUAUGAUGGUUUUACGUUUUAAAUGAGAGCCCCUUCUAUCAGUGGUCGCAAUGGCGACUGUGUAUCUCCCACGCGCACGCUAAAGGCGCAAUUGUUUAAAUAUGACUUCAGCACGUCGUAAAGACCACGAGGGGCGGUUAACGAGUGCAGUUUGUGUAGUAGACCUUCAUGCCAAACUUGGUUU